AUGGAUAUCGGGAAGUAUUCUCACAUUACUCCAGUACUCUAUGAGUUACACUGGUUACCAGUUCGGCGAGGAGAAGUAGAUUCUCAUCUUCAAGAUUUCAUGAAAAUCCAUCUUGAUUUGGCUUGUGUGAAGUUACGUAUAACAGAGGAUAAGUUAGAGAAAACCCAAGAUACAUUGAAUGACACAAAAAGGACUACAAAGAAUCUGGUUGAGAAAGUCGAGACACUUCAGAAUCGGCUUGAAGCGAAAACAUUCAGCACGGUGAUGGCGAAAAGUGAAUCUGCCCUUUAUCGUCUUAAGUUUGUUUGGAAGGUUAGCAAUUUUAGUGACAUAAUGAGACAAGCGAAGGCAGAAGUACAAAGGACAUUUGAAAGUGAUCCAUUCUACACCGAAAACUAUGGCUACAGACUAAAAUUGAGAAUUCACCCUAAUGGCGCUAGAACUGGUUUGAACUCUCACUUAUCGGUGUUCCUUAUUAUAAUGAAGGGUGAAUAUGAUGCCUUAUUGCCCUGGCCUUUCAAGAGAAAAGUAAGGUUUACACUGAUUGAUCAACAAGAAGAUCCAGAACAACGAAAUAAGGUUUCUACGAUGAGGAGUAAUACCAAGUCUCGAGAAAAUUAUGAAAGACCAACCAAUAGAGAAGAAAAUGUUGGGCGCGGUUUAAAUAGAUUUAUAUCUCACGAGGAGCUUUAUUCAAGGAGAUACGUUGAAAAUGAUAUACUGUUUCUUCAGUUUGAAAUUGGCCCGGUUGUCAGUCGGGCUAAAAAAUACACUCUUCUUUCAGAAAGUGACGAAUCUGACGGACAGACUCUCUGA